UUGCUCAAUUAGCUCCCUCUUCCAAUUGCGCUCCUCUUUCUCUCUCCCUCUUUUCCUCUAAAAUUCACCUCUUAUAAAUCUCAGUAUCUCACACUCGCUUAUUACUUUCCUCUUCAGUAAUAAAUGCUGAAUUACAAGAAGAGGAAGAAGAGGAGGGAAUAAUUAUAAUCAUAAAAAUAAAUAUAUAAAAAAUUUUGGUAGUUUGGCUGUGUGUGUGGCGAUGGGGAAGAAGGCACAAGCAUCUUCGAAGCUGUUGGUGCACCACGUAUUGCGCCUUGGGUGGAAGCUGGUGGUUUUUUCGUCCGUCGCUCUCUGUGUGCUGUCGUUUAUCAGAACCCAGCUGUAUUCUCAGUCGCCGGAAUCUUCUUAUUCCCCAACCCACCUGGCGAGACGAACCCGCGUUCUGAGCUCGCAGUUUAGAGGCGAUCCUAAGAUAGCGUUCUUGUUUAUGGUGCGGAGGAGUUUGCCCCUCGAUUUCAUUUGGGAGAGCUUUUUCCAGAAUGUGGACAGGUCCAAAUAUUCGAUAUAUAUACAUGCUGAGCCCGGGAUUGUGUUUGAUGAAUCUAUUACGAGCUAUGCUUUAUUUUUCAAUCGACAACUGAGAAACAGCAUUAAGGUAAUUACUAAUUCCAUCACGUCCGUUGAUUGGGGACAAGCAAGCAUGAUUGGAGCUGAGAGGUUACUAUUUGAAGAAGCCCUUCAGGAUCCUGCAAAUCAAAGAUUUGUUCUCUUAUCUGACAGCUGUGUCCCUUUAUACAACUUCAGUUAUAUUUACAAGUAUCUGAUGGAUUCUCCAAGAAGUUUUGUGGACAGCUUUCUAGAUAAGAAAGGUGCUCGCUACAAUCCCAGGAUGUCACCAAUUAUUCCCAGGAACAAAUGGCGGAAAGGAUCACAGUGGGUCACCUUAAUCAGAAGACACGCGGAGGUAGUUGUAGAUGAUGAAAUUGUUUUUCCAAUCUUCAGAAAGUUCUGCAAGAGGCGUCCAGCACUUGAUCCAAAUAAUCUUGUAAGAUACCUCUUCUGCCAGCUCGGAAAUUCUGAAUACCAUUUCCUAAUUAUUGAGCUGAUUAUUUCCAAUUAUGUAGUACUCCCAUUUUUCAUGAAUGCUGCUCUUUCAGUUUCUAUUUUUGGAGUAAUAUUGGCUAAUAGUACGAGUUGGGUGCAGAAACUUCAGAAACAGCAUAACUGUAUACCCGAUGAACAUUAUGUGCAGACCUUACUUGCAAUGAAUGGCCUUGAGGCUGAGCUUGAAAGAAGAACAGUUACAUACACUUUAUGGAACAAAUCCAGGACACCCACAGAUAAUGUGGCUUGGCAUCCUUUUAAAUUUAGCUAUGCAAAUUCAGGGCCCGAACAGAUAAAAAGAAUAAAGGCUAACUGCAAAAUCCUCCCAUGA